AUGAUGAAACCAUCGGCACUUGAUCGCAUCCACGUGCGCGAGGAGGACCCUAAGGAGAUGUUUGAAAUUAUCGAGAGCGUCGGCGUUGGCAACUUUGGCGUCGUCCUCAAAGCCCGCAACCGUGUCACUGGCGAUAUUGUCGCCAUCAAGCAGGUCCCGCUCAGCGACACAGAUAAGGAGGACCUGGACAUCAUUGUGAAGGAAGUGGAGAUCCUGCAGGAGUGUGACCACCCGAACAUCGUGCGCUUCUAUGGCACGUACCAAUCGAUGGGAGUCCUGUGGAUUGUCAUGGAGUACUGCGAAGGCGGGUCUGUCGACAUGGCGUACGAUCAGUUGCGCCGCCCACUCUCGGAGCCACUCAUCGCCUACGUGUGCCGCCAGGCCCUGCUCGGCCUGCUUUACCUUCACGAGCGUCACGUCAUUCACCGCGACAUCAAGGGUAGCAACUUGCUACUCACCAAAGGCGGCCAGGUGAAGCUGGCCGACUUCGGUGUUAGCACGGUGCUCAAGCACACCUUGUCGAGGCGCAACUCCUUCAUUGGCACGGCGCUGUGGAUGGCGCCGGAGGCCCUCGCAGAGAAGGACUACGACAGCCGCGCCGACAUCUGGUCUUUGGGGAUUACCACGAUUGAGCUGGCGGAGGGGCAGCCGCCGCACCUCGGCAUGCACAUUGCCCGCGCGGUGUUCUUCAUCCCCCUUAACGACCCUCCAACCUUGCAAGCCAAAGAGCGCUGGUCGCCGCAGAUGCACAUGUUCGUCCGCCGCCUGCUGACCAAGGACAAGGAGCUGCGCCCUUCCGCAGCCAUCAUGCUGAUGGACCCUUUCGUGUCACCCGGGGCCGUUGCCCCACAGGAGGACAUGGCCGCAGUGGUGGAGCAGCUCCUCGCGCGUCGCCGGUCCAUCGGUGAGGGGCAGGACGGCAGCGACGGGGACAGUAAUGCGUCUGCCAUGACGAUUGUCACGCGGGCACCGUCGGUGGUGGGCGUCGACGAAGGCGCGGGGGAAGAGGGGGGUGAGGGGGCCGCAGCUAUCCCCACCGAUGAGGCGGCAGCUCAGUGGAUCGAUGAGCACGUGUCGCCGCGGCGAAGAGCUUCACCAGCCACGGGCCAGGCAGCUGCAAGGGCCGGUGGAAGGGCCGCGGGUGCAGGGGCUGCCACUGGCGGCCGAGGUGCGCCGCUUGGUGGGCGACUGGUGCUACUACCGCUGCUGCACCUGGAGGACAUGUCCUUCGACGCACUGAGCGGGUGUGGCCGCACGUUACUCUGCGGCAGCACCGCCAGUACCGCCGGUAUUGAUUCCGUGGGCGGCGCAGCCACAUCUAGUGUUGGGCUGUUUGGCGCCGGUACUGCAGGCGGAGCAACGUUGUCGUCUGGUGGUGUGGCAAGCGGCGUCUGGGGAGGUGGGUCACGUGUAGGCGUGCCUGGAGCCACGCAGACGACGCUAAACGGCAUCUACAUGGGAGAGAGCAACAACAGCACUUCCAUGAUGGCCAGCGUGAACCGUUACUAUCAUUCGUCGUUCCUGAUGCCCACAUCGGCCGGCGGUGGCGCCGCACCAGUGACGUCUCCGUACCCCCCGGUGUACGGGCCGCCUUUUCACGAGGGUCGAUUAGCGACUGCUGCUGCUCAUGGCGAUGCGCUGGCCGAGACGGCCCACUUGCUGGGCUGCAACGUGGAGGCGUUCUCCUCGCAAUUUCUCCGCCUUUUCGAAACGACCACGCUGCGCACUGUUCAGGAGGUGUUUUUAUUUCACCAAUACCUCCCGUACACCCGCGCAGUGUCCGAGGCGGAGGCGAAGCACGCGCAGCGGGUGAGGCUGCUCUGCGGCACGGUGCUAAAGAACGUGUACGCGGCCACGUGUGAGAGUGCGCGGAAUGCGUAG